CUUCCCCCAGCUCCUCGCCGGCCCAGCAGCUCUCCUUCCUGCAGAGUGGCCUCCUGAGCACCCUCUACCUGCACAUGCCCGACUGCCCGGUGCCCCUGCUCCAGUGGCUGUUUCAGCUGCUGACAUGGCCUCCAGAAACGUCUUUGGGAGCCUUUGGUCUUCUGUGGGAUCUCAGUGUGGAUGAGCUCUUCCUUCAGUCCGAUGAAGACAUGCACCUGUGGUGCCCCUCAAUGCAAGAUAUCAGGGAGGCUUUCCACAGCCUGGGUGCCUACAGUCCUGCCCUCUACCCUCUGGGGCCCUUUUGGCACAGUGGUAGGGUGCUUCCAGGCGAGGCUGGCCUGAGUGAGAACGAGCAUCAGGACGCUCCCCAAGAGGUAGCCUUGGACAUCAGUCUCAGCCACAUCUACAAGUUUCUGUCGCUGUGUGCCCAGGCCCAGCCGGGGGCCUACACUGAUGAGAACCUCAUGGGCCUGAUUGAGCUGCUGUGCCGCACCGGCCUGGAUGUGGGGCUCUGCCUGCUGCCCAAGACCGACCUCCAGCAGCUUCUGCUCCUGCUCUUGGAGAACAUCCAGGAGUGGCCAGGAAAGCUCCAGGAGCUGUGCUGCAUCCUGAGCUGGGUGUCCGACCACCACCACAACCUGCUAGCCCUCGUGCAGUUCUUCCCGGAUGUGACCUCUCGGAGCAGGCAGCUUCGAAGCCAACUCAGCCUUGUCAUCAUUGCUCGAAUGCUGGGCCAGCAGGAGACGCUCCCUCUCUGGCAAGAGAGGACCCAGCUAUCUUUGCUUGGCCGGCUCCUGGGCCUCAUGAGGCCAUCAUCUCUCAGGAAGUACCUGGAUUCUGUGCCCUUGCCACCCAGCCAGGAGCAACAGCCAAAGGCCAGUGCCGAACUAGACCACAAGGCCUGCUACCUGUGCCACAGCCUCCUGACGCUGGCCGGGGUGGUGGUCAGCUGCCAGGACAUCUCUCCAGACCAGUGGGGCGAGCUGCAGCUGCUGUGCAUGCAGUUGGACCGCCACAUCAGCACGAAGAUCCGGGAGAGCCCCCAGGCCAUGCACCGCACCAUGCUCAAGGACCUGGCUACCCAAACCUACAUCCGUUGGCAGGAGCUGCUGACCCACUGCCAGCCCCAGGCCCAGUACUGCAAGUGCUGGAAAGAUCUGAAGAAGCAGGGUCAGGACAGCCCAGGGCUCCUGGCUCCAGCAGGAAGUGAAUAGACUCAAGGAACUGGAAGAAGCAAAGAAUCAAGGCCAGAGGAGGCCACAUGCUGACCAGCCUGAUGAAGCAAAAGCCGGCCACCGCCCCUGACCUGCGCUCCUCUUGGCAAGGGAUGGGCCUCUGCCUGGCCCACCCCUCAGGCUUCCCUCCUCCUAGCCAUCUCCUCUUCCCUAAGGCCUAUGUCUCCAUAGCUCUGGUUUCCCUGGGCCUCAGUCCUCCCCACCCUCCUUCCUCUCUCUCCCUGUCACUAAUGUGAGGUUUCUUUGUGCACAUUAAAGUCUUCUUUCAGCAUC